AUGUCGUCGCUUUCAUGCCCUUCUGAGCCUCCUGAUGUUGGAAAUUGGUUCUCAAGCUAUGAAUAUCAAUCUCCAAAUCUGGAUUCCAAUUUCACUCUCGAAGAAAAGGAAGCAGAUUUUGAUAAGGUUGGGGCUCAACAUGAAGAUCCGUGUUUAACCAAGAAUACGGAUUCUUGCAGUUCAAGCUCACUCUUCUCUGAGCCUCCUAAUAUCAGAAACUGGUUCUCAAGCUACAAUUAUGAGUCUUCAGCGCUUGAUACAUGUAGUCUUUUACAUGAUGAAGAAGUUUAUGAUGGGAAUAAGUGUGUGGAGGAGAGGUUUGAUUUUAAAGUCAUAAAUAAGGAUGAAACUGAGUCUGAGAUUGUGCAGCCUGAAGUUUGUGUUGAACACAAUGGCUCUUUUGAUAAAAACAUGAAGGGUGAUGAUAGUGCUGGAAUGAAGAAAAAUAUAACUAUUGCCAGUACUACCCAUCUGGAAAAGAUUUUGCAACCAUGCAUGCAAGAUAAGGCACUGCAACACAGUCUUGCUUCAGCCAAGCAUAAUGAAACGGUGAACCGGAAUUGUGGAAGUCCUGGUUGUAAUGGAGAAGCACAUUUAAUGUCUAUGGACGCCCAUGCAGGUGCAAUGAGACCUCCAAAGCUGGUACAAAAGCAUGAUACAAAUGAAGCAAAAACAAAAGAAGAAAUCCAAGCUGAGAAAUUUGACACUAACACCAGUUUAUUUAAAAGCUUCUUGGCAGGAAGUUCAGCUUGUACAGGAAAUAAAGAAAAUGAUGGUUUUGUUACAACAAGGAAGAAAAUUAGUACCAGAGCAAAUGAUGAAAGUUCUUGGAAGAAACCAGAAAAGACAUUAUUGCAGUGUUCAACAAGUACAGGAAUAGUUCCACUGGCAUGUGAAAAGCGUAACGUUGCAAAGAGAAAGGCAUUGACAGAAGCAACAAAUCUUCAACAAUACAAUGCUAUUGAGAUUACAGGGAAAUGGCAAUGCCCACAAAAACGUAAACCGGAUAAAGGGCCUGCUUUGAAGCAACUUAGGCUUGAGCGAUGGGUUCACAGGGUUGGAAAUGUCUCCCCUCAAUGA